GCUGGCACACGCUGGGGACGAGAGCGACGGUCGCCCUUCCAGGGGUCACGGGGACGAGUGUGUUGCAGGAGGAGGAACUGCCCGGGUAAAAGUGGGCUGGGAAAAGUGACGCGCGCGCACCCCGCGCACCGACUUCAGCGACGCCAGCACCUGCCUGGGAGCAGCUGACAGCCAGGGUCUGGUGUGCCAGCAGGUACCAGGGGUCAAAAGCUGCCAUUCCCUGCGAAGCGAUGACUGUCCCCUCUGCAGGGACGUCACCCUCGCCUGGGAGAUGUUGCACCCUAGGACACAGGGCGGCAAGGACAGCAGGCUGUGUCAUGGGGAAACCAGACUAAUCUUUUCAUCUGUUUUAGCUGUAAGAGGCUCCAGUAGGUGAAGGGAGCUGAACUUUUUGUGGACUGUGCUGUUUCUGUCCCCACCGCCUCGGGCAUAGGGCAGGCGGUGGCUGAGAUCCCAGGGAUGGGGCUUUAGGAUCCCAGAGAGGUGACAUACUCCAGGCCCCAGCUUGUUGCACACCAGCGCUUUCAGCCUUUGCCUCUGCUGUUCUCCAGCAGCCACAGUCCUCCAUCUCCUGAACAGCAACACGACGUCCUGGGUACAGACAUGGAUACGGUCUCUGAAAGGGUUGAUAAAGGACCUGGGCUCACCAAAGCGCCUGACCCCAUGCCACCUCCUCCUUUCCUCCCAUGCCAGCUGUAGCGGGAGAGCCCGGCUCUCCCUGGAGAAGGCAAGGGCGAGCCCCAGCUGGGAGCCGUCUGCUGUGGAGCUCACGCCUCUCCCCUCAGCCGAGCGAUGCUCAGAGAUGAGCUUCUCCUCCCCACAAAGGAUGCUCCGGCGCUGGUUUCGGACAGCCCGAAUACCUCGCACCAGCCCCCCACUUCCAUGGCCUGCACCAGGUGGAAAGCAACCUGCCUAAACUCUGGGCCCUGCUUUCCUUCCUUCCAGCUAGUUUCUGCUGGCGUCUCUCACAUACAGAUAGGAGAGCGCUCGACGCUUUCCUGGAGGAGAUAAGAAGGGGCAGAGCCAGGGCAUUUUGUACAUAACCGAGCCGCAGAACUCCCUGGUGCAGGACGACAGCUGUCUGCGGGAGUUCAGGAGGAGACCAGACCGGUUCGCUGCGGGGAAACCCAGCGGUGGAUUUUAAACAUACAGAAACUAUGUGCAAUUCGAGGGAACGGGAUGCUCGCCCUGUUCUCAUAGUCCUUCCUAGGCUCCCGCUAGCCACCUCUGUCAGAGGGAGGAAACCGCCUGCGGUCUGGCCCUGACUGUCCCUGUUCUUCCCUGGAACGAAGGGACGUCACGUCGCCUUUGCCUUCAGCACCCAUGGGGAAACUGAGAAGGGUCCAUGGUUUGGGCUUCUGCUAACAGCUGCUAUCAGCUAGGAAAUCUGCAAAUGAAAAGGCUGCAACUGCUUAUCUUCGUAGCGCAAAUCUUUGUCACGUCAGGGUUUUCCUUGAAGCUCCAGCUGCUGCAGUCUUUGCACGAGAAUGGCAGGUUUUAGCUUAAAAAUGGGGUUUGCCCUGUGGUACUGGGGGCAGACAGGAAAGUAAAUUUACUGGCAGUCAGUGAGGGCAGCGAAAGACGAAAGACGUAACAGCCCCAUUUUGUCACAGCCGGAAGGAACCGCUGCUGCGGAAGAUGCCCAUCUUCCACCUUCCCCAGAGCCGGGCACUGGUGCCAGCGGGGAGGGAAGGGGACAUCCCAGGGCCGGAGGUGGGGGAGUGUGAUGGGUGAUUUGCCACCAGCCCUCCCAGCAGGGCCCCUCUCACCAGGGGCUGGAGGAGCAGGAGGUGCAGGUGCCGGGAAGACACAUCCCCGCCACGCACCGCAGACAGGCACCCGGCACCGGUUUGGGAUUUAGGAUCGGCCGCCUGGCAGGGUGGGGGCGGCGCUGGCUGCCACACGCUUGGACGCGACCCUUCCCAGAGGAACAAGACCAGCUUGAGGGAGACGUGCCAUGGGUUAUCUCUAGCUAGCGAAGGGGCAGAAUCCCAAACCUGCCUCCCUCGUCUCCCUCCACCCUCAACACAUCACGGGUAAAGUGAGCCCCUGCCCAGGGUGAGGGAAGCGUCCUCCUGCCUCCUCUCACGUUGGCUGGUAAGAGACAGCGAACUCCCCUAUUUACAUCUGGAAAGAAACACUUAAAAUGGUGUCUUUUGCUGUACAAAGUAAAACCCUCAGCAGCCGGUGCAGAGCAGAGACCUCCCGGCAGCAGCAGCGCUCAGGCUGCUGCGGGCCAUGCUCGUGAAGCUGCUGUAACGUCUUCUUGCCCUCAGGCAGCCACGUCCAGCGUGGUGUUAUAAACCCACUCGCACCCAUUUUGCUCUAUUAGCCAGGACCACACGUCCUGAGGAGAUGCGGCAGGGUUCUCAGCCGCCGCUGCGUGGUCUUUGGAACUGGUGCAUCGAGUGAAAGAAAUCUCGUUCUUGCAAGGCUCAUGAUAAAAAUCAAGAGAGUUUGCAAGUGUCCAACAACAAAUACGAGCUGCAAGGGAAGACCCCACCGGCAAAGCGAUGAGGAUGGAUGUGCUCCCUAUAGCUUCCAGCUGAAAAGCAAUGGGUUAACGUUGGCUCUGGGUUUAGAAGGACGUCAGAUACCCCACAUCGGGCCCAACACGAAGGUGGGUUGAUGCCCAAGGCUAAGGCUGACUGAAUUCCCCUCUCAGAUCGCUGAGGCACGCAAUUUGCAGAUAGAUUAAUCAGAUGAGUCUGCCUUCUGUGGUUUCCUGGAGUCUGGUCUCAUGCUAUAAAACCUUGCUGGGAGCAGGAAGAGACCCUAUCUGCAGCCUUACCUCCGAGGGAUCCGCCGAAGCCGAGAACGCUACGAUGAAGCACCUGCAGAAGCUGCUGCUCUCCCUCCUGCUGGUGACAUGCCCCCCAGGCAAAGCCGGUUAUUCCUGGAAUCGGAUGGUGGGAGGAGGUGGACCCGGGACCCGCUACACGCCCUACGUGGCCUACCUGCAAGGAAGCAACAACCAGUUCUGCGCAGGCUUCCUCGUGGCCCCGAACUGGGUGAUGACCGCGGCUCAGUGCUUCAAAUACAAACCUCUGACCGUCAUCCUUGGAGCCCACACAGUCCAGAGGAAAGAGGAAAGCUGGCAAAUAUUCGAAGUCCAAGAGUACCACUGCCACCCGGGCUUCACGAAUGCCAGGAAGGGAAAUGACAUCCUCUUGCUGAAGCUGAAAGGCAAUGCCACCAGCAACGAAUACGUCAGGGCCAUUUCCUUUGAAAAAUCAAAGGUCUCUAGCGGGACUGAGUGCUGCAUAGCUGGCUGGGGCCACAAAGCAACCACGGCCGCCUAUCGCGAAGCCACCGUCACCAUCGUCAAACAAAGGGACUGCCUCACCUACAACCCCGGACUCGCGGACAACUUGAUUUGUGGCCGCAGUGGAUCUGCUGGGGUGCCCGAAAAGCACGAUGCCGGGGAUCCGCUUAUCUGCAACAACAAAGCCUACGGCAUCUUCUCCUAUAGGCAUAACAAUUGGCCCGGUUUCUACACGCACAUUGCUCCUUACCUUCCCUGGAUCAACAACGUCAUGAAGUGAGCGUGACCCCUGCUCUCCCCGCAGCUCCUGCCCUGGAAAACUCACGCUUGGGGGUCCCACAGCUCACCUGCUUUUCCUUCCUUUCUUCCUGGGAAACGUCUUCCACUGAUCCUCACGGACACGGCGAGGAACUUCUCUCUGGCGAAGCCAAACCACAGCAGGCUUGGCGCCGCGGUUGCACCUCGGCUGCCUUUGUUCCCUGGGCGAGCCGGAGGGUGCCCGGCCCACGCUUCCCUGCUCUGCUUGACCCCUUUGCCAAGGCGCUGGUGGCUACGGCUCUAGAAAGGAAGCAGCAGAACAGCCCCGAGCGGGGUGAGAGUAGCUGCUGGGGUGUCCGCCGCGCUUUGGGGAAGGCAGUACAACUAGAUCGGGGGGAUCCAAAGAGCAGCCUCCCCCCUGCCCCUUGCAUCUGUGACACCUGCGUCUCCUUCGCCCGAGCCCUGGGCUUAGAGGGCGGCCCCAGCUCCGAGGGGGACACUUUCAGCUCCUGCUUCACUGCUGCUGCUCUCCCCUACCUCUGAGACCCGCUGCCUCC